UCUUUAACUUCAACUGUUGGAGGGAAGGCAUCCCCAUACAGUGAACCACCACUAUAAUGAACGCUGCUAUAACAAACAGUUGGCUAUAACACGCAUCCUCUUUGGCUCCCGAAAUAGUAAAUUCUAUAAUAAUGCACAAUCACUAUCACGAACGACCACUUUAAGAAACAGUUUGAAUGGACCCAUCCUGUUCCAUUGUUAUGAGUGAGAGGUUUUCUAUGUGACCAGAUGUGGCUUUUUGAUGCCCAUUUUUUUUUUCUCUAUUGUCUGAUUCUGGAUAUUAGCUGGCUGUAUAGGGCAUAAAGCGAUUCACUUCAGUGACUUGGAAGUACCCACAUAAUACUGGGCAAGGGCCAGCGCUAUAGACAAAUCUGGCGGCAGCCAUUUUCUGCAGUGGUGCAAGGCUUGGGCAAGUCAGGCUUGUGAAAACUAUCUGGUCACCGGAUUCCACACUACCUGCCAGAGACGAUUAGGCCUUUUUAAUACAGAACCUAAUUGUUGGUAGUUUACAUCGUUAAUUGUCUGGAUGUAUCCAGCUGAGGGGCCUACUGUAUCCUGGAAAAAGUUCUUGCAGAUAGAAAUGGUGGACAACAUCCAGCUUCUUUGUGAUCCAAGCAACAAAGAAAAUCAUAUGUAAAAAAAGCAAAGAAGUUUGGAAACACCCAUCAUGGCGGACAGUCAGCAAGGCGUUGGCAGCGGGCGUGCCCGUGGUCGGGGGCGAGGCCGGGGCCGUGGGCAGGCCUCUGCAGGGCAGCAGCAGGGCCUGCCCCGGCGGCCAGGGGAGGCAGCGCCUGCCACGCCCAUGCCUAGUGGUGAUGCUGAAGCCAUGCCUGCCCCAGGGAGGGGCAGAACCAGGGGCGGGGCUUCCCAGGUCCCUGGAUCAGGAGCUGCUAUAAGCAUGGAGCAAAGAGCGGCCAUGGCCGAGAGUUACCAUCGUCAUGCCCCGAGACCAAUGCCAGCUGAAGCGCCCCCUACAGCUCAGAUGGCAGCGUUGAGCGUGGGCGGGGCCCAGGGUGCUGAGGGAGGGGGAGUCAGUGGCCGCGGCAGACAGACAGAGCUCCGCUACGGAGAACAAAAAGCACCCAGACCCAUUGAUAAGAGAGGCAAGAAAGGAAAGCCGGUGGAGGUCUUGACCAACUGUUUCCGCAUGAAGGCUGCUGAUCAGUGGCUUCUGCACCAGUACAGCGUGGACUUCAGCCCCGUUGUGGACAACCCUAGGGCACGUCAUGCCCUGCUACGGGCUCACUCUGAGAUCCUAGGCACCCCCAUGGCCUUUGAUGGGAUGAUGUUGUUCCUGCUCCGAAGGCUUGAUGAGCCGGUGACCAGGUUUCAAACCAAACGCCGUGACUCUGAUGACAUCAUCACCAUUACUGUGGCUCUCAAGAAUGCGCUGCCUCCUACCUCACCAACCUGCAUGCAGGUUUACAACAUCAUCUUCCGCAAGAUCCUUGGAUUGGUUGGCUUUGAGCAGAUUGGCCGGAACUAUUUCAACCCCAACGCCAAAAGGGAAAUCCAGCAACACAAGAUCCAGCUCCUGCCCGGUUUCAUCACCUCCAUCUUGCAGUAUGAGCAGGAGGUCCUCCUGAUGGCGGACGUCUCUCACAAGAUCCUGAGGACGGAGACAGUCUUGGACAUGCUGGCUGAGAUUGAGCAGACCAAGGGAGCAGGCUGGGCGGAUGUGGCCAAGAGAGUACUGGCAGGAGAAAUUGUCCUGACCAAGUACAACAACAAGACCUACCGAGUGGACGACAUCGACUUUAAUAUCGAUCCCAUGAACACAUUCGACAAGUUGGAUGGCACUAAAAUAACCUACGCCCAGUACUACCGGGAUGCGUACGGGCUAAAUAUCAGUGAUCUAGGACAGCCACUGCUGGUCAGCAAUCCAAAGAAAAGGGAUCAGCGCCGAGGAAUGAUUGAUCACAUCCACCUGAUCCCUGAGCUGUGUACCCUGACGGGGCUCAGCGAAGCUAUGCGCAGUGAUUUCCACGUCAUGAAGGACCUGUCUGUGUACACUCGCAUCACGCCCAACGUCCGCAUGAAAGAGCUGACCAACUUCAUCGGCAGCUUUCCCAGGAAUCAAGAGGCGAGUACUUACCUGCAAAAGUGGCAGGUGAGCUUUGAAGCUCAGCCAGUCAGGAUCAACGCUCGCAUCAUGGAUCGGGAGAAAAUCCUCACCGGUCACCAGGGAAAGAAUGAGAUUUCCUUGGGUGAGAAUGCAGAGUGGAGCAGAGAUCUGCGGAAGGAUCUGCUGAGCUGUAUUGGUCUGCACAACUGGCUGCUGAUCUACACAGCGCGUGAUAGCAAGAACGCCAUGGAGUUCCUGAACGCCUUCAACACCGUGGCGCCACGUUUGGGAAUGGAAACCAGACCACCCUUAAUAUGUGAGUUACGUGAUGACCGCACUGAAAGCUUUAUUCGUGCCAUCCGACAGAACUUGAGUCCCCAGACACAGAUGGUUGUGUGUAUCCUACCAACUAUUCGUAAGGAUCGCUACGACGCCAUCAAGAAGUUCUGCUGUCUAGAGGCCCCGGUACCCAGCCAGUGCAUUGUGGGUCGCACUAUCAACAAGAAACAGACCGUCAUGUCCGUAGCUACCAAGAUUGCUAUGCAAAUUAACUGCAAGAUGGGCGGAGAGUUGUGGACAGUUUUAAUUCCAUCCAAAAUGUUGAUGAUGGUGGUAGGAAUCGACUCUUAUCACGACUCCGCCACUAGAGGGCGUUCUGUCGGUGGCUUUGUCGCUUCCAUGAAUCACGACCUUAGCAGGUACUUUUCACGAUGUACAUUCCAGCACACAGGACAGGAGCUCAUUGAUGGUCUGAAAGUCUGCAUGACAAGUGCAUUGAGGAAGUUUAAAGAAAUCAACGGUAAGUUGCCCGAGAGAGUCAUCAUCUAUCGCGAUGGCGUCGGCGAUGGGCAACUGCCGGCUGUGGUGGAGUAUGAACUACCGCAAGUAAUUGAUACCUUCAGGAUGAUAGAAACAGACUAUAGCCCUAAGUGCGCUGUGGUCGUCAUUAAGAAGCGAAUCAACAAUAGAUUUUGCUCCUUGAACCAAGGAAAUCUCGUCAACCCAUCCCCAGGAACGGUGAUCGACUCGGUGGUCACAAAACCAGACUUAUACGACUUCUUCCUUGUCAGUCAGUCUGUACGCCAGGGCACGGUCACUCCAACCAGUUACAAUGUGAUCUGGGACAACUCGGGUCUGGCACCAGACAGCAUGCAAAGCCUGACCUACAAGCUCACUCAUCUGUACUUCAAUUGGCCGGGAACCAUUCGUGUACCAGCCCCCUGCCUCUACGCUCACAAGCUGUCUUUUCUUGUUGGCCAAAGCCUCCACAAAGAGCCCCGGAUUGAGUUGGCUGACCGGCUGUUCUUCCUAUAGGCAGUAAUACCAGGGGUAAUAUGUAAACAAUAGCUUACGUUUGCCAACGUUAGCAGCUUUUGCUCAAGUGGGACUGACUUUUUUCUGCUGACAUUUGCGAAUGUUAACAACAAAGGCAUACGGUCUUCCUGUGUCGUAUUAUCACAAAUUUAACUUUCAUGCUGUAACGCUAAAGCUUCAUGCUGAAGAUGUCUUCACUGUUUUGCUCAUAGAAAAUUUGGAAAUUAGCAUAAACAAAGUGACUGGAAAGAUUCAAAAUAAUGUAAAUGGGGCACAAAACAGCAAUUAACGAUUACUCCUCUUUCAGUUUGUCAUCAGUUAAAAAAAACAUGAAAACUACUUCAUGAUGAGGGUUUUGAGGUCACAAGAAGUUGGGUCAUUCCAUGGGUCGGAUGGUCACCAUCUCAGAUUUUAUUUUUAAUAUUCUUCCAUAAGAUCCAAUUGUUUGUUAUUCUGUAGGAUCCAAAUUGUUGCAAUUUUCCAUAAGAUCCAGUUUUUGCAAUCUUCCAUACGAUCCAAUUGUUGCGUUAUUCCAAUUGUUGCAAUGUUUUUAAGUUCAAAAGAAAAGUUAAUUAAGAAUUUUUUGUUGUAGAAUUGUGAACUUGCACAAAAUGUAGGCUUGUAGAUAUUAGGUGAAAUUUUUAAACGUGAUUUACUUCAAGUUGCAAAGUUUAAAAAACAUCACAAUUUUCUGAGGUUUCUACAAGUCUUUUCGAAGUGUAUAGCAGUUACAAUGUAGAAAAUCCAUGAUGUGGUUUGUUAUUUGACUGAAGCAUGACAGCAGUGUUUUAUUCAUCUUACAUCCUGCCAAAAUGCCUUUGAACAAAAAUAAUGACUUUGUUAAUCUUAAAAAUGUAUUUUUUUAUACCUACAAUUUUCGCUGUUUUACAAAAUGUGAAUCAAAAUUGAUGUUACUUUUUUGUAAGAAAUGUCAGCAAUUGCAGAUUGAAGUCUAGCAGUGAUGUAUAGUCAAAGGGGCUUUGAAUCAGACUUUGAACAUGGACACGUCACUUUGCCGUAUGUAGGCUUACAAUGUUGCCAAAUUUCUGAUUGGUAUUCUUAACCCAGCCUAGUGUUUGCAUGGCACUUGUGUUCUUGAGCAAGCCACUUUACUGUGACUUUAUACUCUCGACACCGUGUACUGAGAAACCCAAAUCUUAACAUAGUGCAACCAUGCAGCACAAGAAAACAGACUUUUGCUUGAAGUCCAACACAUAGACCUCAUGCAUCACAGGCAUCUCAGAGGCUGUUCGUUGUUAUUUUAAUCUAGUAACAAUGAAUACACAAAAGGUAGACUCAUGCCUAGCCAAGCAAUACAAAACCAUUGCCCUCUAACUCCGCCCUAAUGCAUAAGGUCUAUUAGUACUGGUCUGUAAUGUUUCAAAUCAUGUCAUAGGUUUCUUCAUAAACUCUUUUCACAGCCUUGCAUCCAGUCUGCUAAAACUGUCCAUCUUUUCAAGUUGGACAGACAUGCACAUAGACAGAUAGAUUGUAAUGAUUAUAUAGUGCUGUCCAUCGUAUCAACAAUCUGAAAGUGCCCCGUUCAUCAGGCCACGAGACCACGCGGCAGCUGAUAUAUAUCAGCACACAUUCGGUCUUCUACCCUCACAGUAUACUGAUUUGUACUCCUGGGUGGAGAGAGGCAAUUGUAGGAAAGUGUCCUGCCCAAGGACACAAACACCAUGUUCCUGGCAGGGUUCGAACCCCGUAACCACAGGACCAUGGCAUUCUUUAGCCAAUCUACACUUGAAAUGUUAAAAUUGGUCAUUAUUCAAAAUCAGUGGCAAUAGUUGAUAAGAUAGAGGAAACUUCUGGGUUUUUCUUUUUAUUUGAAUGAAGACAUUAAUUAUACUUGAA